AUGGCGAUUCACCCCGGUUUCCCAUCUGAGGCAGACCCAAGAGGCAAUCUGUCGCCGCAGCAGGCCCGAGCCAUCUCGAUUUGGACAGAACAGGCUGCUGUCUCGCUGGAAAACUUGACCAUCUCGGAGCCGGUCUCGUCCAGCGAUCGAGUGGUUUCGUUAUCGCAAUCUACACCGACGCGGACAUCUUUUCGUGGGACCACGGUAUCUUUGUCGAUUCCUUUGGAUGACCCAGCACCGAGAACAGAAAGCGCGUCUGCGGCUCGCGUCAAGCUUCUCGGUCAACCCCCAAAGGAUGCUCAACAGGUGGCGUCGGUCAGCUUCCGUCGUCGAGAACCCUUGCGACGCGACAGUCUCAAGAGGCGCGAGGCUCUCCUGAAGGGGAAGGAUGGCAGCCGUCGCAGACAACGUUGGGAAAAUGAUCGUCUACUGCACAAUCCCUGGGCUGAGCCGCCUUCUUCUAAGGACUGGAAUAUCCAGCCGACCUACACCCGACACAACCCCAUGCCAUACUACCUUGCGCCCUUGUGGGAUUCCCAUUAUGCGCAAUUGGACCAAAAUCCGAAGCAGGCCGGCGCUGGCACGGGGAACGAGAAACACCGCGUACCGAAGGAGCUGCGCAUGAAGCUCAAGCACGCACGUGGCGCUCGCGGUAUGCUCCAGGACCUGGAAGAGGACAUCAGACAGUUCAUCCAGCGAUGGAGCGAAAAGCAGCUUCUUCUCCAGAAGGAGGGGCUGACCGAUGCUCCUCAGUUGUCCGAUGAGGAUGACUCUGAGGAUGAGGUUGUGUUCGUGGGUCGUAAUGGGCUGAUGCAUGAUUCACCUCAACGGAAGGCGAAGUUGCAGCAGAUGCGAGAAGCGAUGAAAGCUCACAACGAGCGUGACGGCGAGAAGAUGGUGUUCGAGAGCCCGGUCGAUGAUCGGGGUGCUGGGUUUGGCCGCUGGCUUGUCCACUCCAUUGCAUCUUAUUAUGGGUUGCACACGUGGUCGGUCACUGUGGGUGAACCAGCGCGUCGUGAGGCUUAUGUUGGCUUCCGUCCGCCGGCCCCAUCCACCCGUCCCGAGUUUGCACACCAAGCGGCCGGAUUCGGAAGCUGCCGCCGCGAAGCGAUGAUUAAGCCUGGAGAUGAACUUCCGCAACCGCUGUGGGCCCAGGUUUAA